AUGUUAAUUAUCAGAGGAUACUCAAAUCAAGCCACAAAACAAUACAAUAACCAUGUUGAGACGGACUUCAAGGUAGACAUCCCCAUCACCCUUUUGCCGUGGAAACCCAAAAGUUCUCCCUCUAACACCCCCAACCAGACCUCCCAAAAACUAACCUCAACCCCCUCCACCCGCCCUCCAUCCUCCCGCUCUAAAGCCCACCUCAGCUCCGGCGCAAAAGCCGGCAUAAUAACCGCCUGCAUCAUAGUCUUCAUCCUCCUCUGCCUUCUCCUCCUCGAACUCACAUAUUUCGGUCGACAGCGCCGUCUCACACGUGCGCGUCGCCAAGCCAACGCUGGUGGAGACGUCGAGCUGGAUGCAGAAAUGAGCAAUAAGGAGAAUGCGGUAUUGGAGAGUCGCGUGGAGAUUGUUGUUGAGGGUGAGACGGGGGAGACAGGGGCGGCGAGGGAGACUAGGGAGACUAGGGAGAAAGAUGCGAGAGGGACGAGAGAGCAUGAGGAGGAAGACGAAGAUGAUGAUAGUGACGGGGAUGAGUGGGGUGGUGGGAGGAAUACGAGGACUGGGAUGAGUCUGUCGAGGAGGGAGGGGUGA